ACAAUUGCAGUAAUAAAUUAAUUAGUUGGUCGUUGUCCGUUGAUGUACCUAGUAACAAAAUAUUGUAUUGUUGUCAGGGUAGCUAAUAAUUAUUAUUAUAAGUGUGUUAUUACGACAUAAGUUUUUACAAGUGUCAAGUUAAUUUUACUUAUCGUUUGUAAUUUUGUUUCGCUCAAGUUACCUAUUUAUAAAACAAUUUUCUUGAUGUAUUUAUCAAAAAUCGGAAAAUGGGUUAUGCAAUUCAACCAAAAAUUGUUUAUGAAUAACAAUAUCAAGACAAAAAGUAUUUCUUUAAAUUCAAAUCUGUGUAAAUUUUCCAACAACAAUGAUUCAAAUACUGCUGUAAAUAAAUUUCUCCCAAUAUCAUACUACAGGAGCGGACUGGGAAGCGGUCAGCCCACUAAUAAAAAGGUCUUUACUAGUGACCGUAUAGCUCCGUACCGUCAAGCUAGUACAGGCUAUAGAACAGUCCACCGACCCAGUCCAAUACUGUCAUCAUAUUAUUCCAAAACAUCAACACUAUUAUCGGAAAAAUCAUGUCCUAAAAUUAAAGAAGCUAUAGAAGCCGCCAAGAUAACAUGUCAAAAAACGAAUACCGUUAAUGGAGCACAAAAACCUGGAAAACCUAAAAAGUCAAUAAAACAGAAAAUUAUCGAUGAACUUAAACAUUAUUAUUAUGGUUUUAAACUUCUUGGACUCAACACGAAAAUCUCUUUUAAAUUGGGUAUUAAAAAAAUAAGAGGUAUUGAGUUAACAAGAAGAGAAAAUAACUUGUUCAUUCAAACGGUGGCUGAUCUUUUCCGAUUAUUACCAUUUUCUGCGUUCGUUAUCAUUCCAUUCCUCGAGUUAACUUUGCCUAUUUUCAUUAAGUUGUUUCCGGGUAUGUUACCAACUACAUUUGAAACAAAGGAUCAGAAGGAAGCAAAACUUAAACAGUCUCUUAAAAUGAAACUCAAAAUGGCUAAAUUUCUCCAAGAGACUUUAGACAAUAUGUCCGUAUGUGGUAAAGGGCAUACAAGCGAACUUGCUAAAGAAUUUGCGGACUUUUUUGAAAAAGUGAGAAAAGAAGGCGUUGUUAUACCAGCUGAUGAAAUGCUUAAGUUUUCAAAGCUGUUCAAAGACGAAAUUACCCUUGACUCACUACCCCGACCACAAUUGGUUGCACUAUGUCGAGUCUUAGAAAUAAAACCGAUUGGGACUUUAAGUGUUUUGAAAUAUCUCUUGACUCUUAAACUUCGAUCAUUAAUAGUUGAUGAUAAGAUGAUUCAAAAAGAAGGGGUUGAUACUCUAACAAUGAGCGAGCUUCAAGACGCCUGUAAGUCCCGUGGUAUGGCUGCCUAUGGUCUCAAUGAAAAUCGCCUGAAACAACAGCUGACUCAAUGGCUAGACCUAUCACUCAAUGAAAGAGUUCCUCCCUUAUUACUUCUUCUUUCUAGAGCAUUUAGUCUUACACCCAAUAUGCCAACUAGUGAUUUAUUAAAAAAAGCAAUUUCUGCAUUACCAUACUGUGUUGGGGGAUCAACUGAGGUUGAUUUAUGUGAACGUUGCGGAACAAUAGAUAACAAGUCGAAAUUGAAAGCAGUCGAAGAAGAGGAACGUAAGGUAAAUGCAGAAAUAGAAGAAUGUAUAAGAGAAAGGAAAAUGCAGCUAAGUAAUGCCGGUAAAGCUUCAGAUGAUACAUGCAAUCUAGUUGAUAAGGCUCCUGUUCUAACAGAUAAAUUUGAAAUUGGAAAAGUAACGUCAACUGAUUUAAAAACAUUAGAAUGUGCUAUUGAGAAUUUGUGUUCAGAAAAAAAUAAACUUAUUAUUGAAAAAUCAAAAAUCACUGAAUUGAAGACUGAACUUAAUUGUUACCAAAAACAUUUAAAUGAUCUUGAAGGAGUAACAAAAAGUACAACAACGGAAAAAGUUAAGGAAUCGGAGGCAGCUAAACAGCUGCUUAAGGGACUAAACAAAAUAAUAACUGACAUAGAUCAGGUAUUCAAAAAGUUAGAGGAAAAAGAAUUAGUCGGUACAAAGAUUACUAUAGAUUGUGAGUAUAUCAAGAUUGACGAACUAAUUACAGCAGUACGAAAAUUACAAAAUGUACCCGAUGAACACAAGAUACAACAAAUCAUUCAAGUUUUAUCUAAAAUUGACAGCGAUCAUGAUGGUUUAAUUAAAUUAAAUACUUUGUUAAAAGUGCUGCAUCUGUUUUGUAAUGAAAAUAUGGAUUUAUCCAAUGCAACAAUGGAUAUGAUUACACAAUUAGUUAUUAAAGAGGAGUGUAUGGAAAAAAGUAGCCGCUCAUCAUAAUAGUUAAUAAUACAGGGACAUCUAAAGGUAGGUCCAUGUCCAUUUAGACGGGAACGUUAGACUUAUUUCAGGAUCAUCCCGAUGGCUGUAUGUAAACUGCUGCAAAAUUUACCUUUUUCUAAAAGUCGAUAUGUAAACUGCGACAAAAAAAAAAUUAAGAUUAUACAAUCUGCGACAAAACCCAUGAGAUACAUCAUACAAACUGGGCAAUUUAUUUCAUAUACUUUCUAUAUAUACUACAUGUAUAUACAUACCGUUACGAUAAUCUAUAGAACUACACGUUUAUCGUUUAAUUAUAGGUAUAAUACCUAUUACGUGUUAUGACAGCUAUUGGUAUCUCUUAUUAGUUUUUUUAAAAAAUCGUAUAAUCAAAAAUAUAAAUAAAUAAAUAAUAAUACAAUAGGUAUUUUUUACAAAAGAUUAAUUAAAAUGUUGUCGUUUAUUCUUAAAACAUACUUUUUCAAAAAUUCAUAACUUGAAAUUUGUCUAUCUUCUUUCAUUUGUCGCUGUAUAUCAAUAAAUUUGUAUUUUUGCGUUGUCGCUUUAUUUCUUAUUUGUACUACCCCUUCUUCUACACUUGUAAUUUUUAUAUAUAUAUAUGUAUCAACUUGAAUAUCCUGUAGAGCAUCUAUAAAUUUAUAUAGUGAUGGAUGAUGGUGAUAAAAAUAUGCAUUAAAUUUUGAAUGAAAAGAUUCGCAUACAUUAUUUGUUAUAUAACCUCUGAUUUUGAUGCCCACAAAGAAGGAGGGAAUAUGCCUUGUAUAUAAUUUUCAGUUAAGUAAUCGCAAAAUUAUAUUAUUUGAUUAUUAGAUGGCAUAUCUGAAAUUAAAUCAAAAACAAUACAAUUUUGCGAUUACUUAACCGAAAAUUAUAUACAAGGCAUAUUCCCUCCUUCUUUGUGGGCAUCAAAAUCAGAGGUUAUAACAAAUAAUGUAUGCGAAUCUUUCCAUUCAAAAUUUAAUGAGUAUUUUUAUCACUGUUCGAACCCGAGCCUUUUUCUGUUUCGCGCCAAUGACAAUCAGUGUGUCCGUGUUAAUUAACACCUACUCGUUGUCACCCCGUUGGCGUUCUGACACCGAAAUGCGCUUGCGCAAACUUUUGACGACCAGCGUCACUGACCACCGGUUCUCCCGUGGACCGGCCGGUUUGUCUUUUUACCACCACCGUCCGGUAUAGUUGGCCGAGACCGUGGGUGUCGCUCGCCUUUUUUGGUACCACGUUGGUUGUCGUGUCGACCAAGAAAAUUCCUGUGUCGACUGUUGUGUCUGUCCUAUGUUGACGGCAUUUUUUAAUUAUUAUAUUGGCGGCGAUCUUUUUUUUACGUAUUAUUUUGUAUGCGGGUUUGACUCUCAGACAUCACCCGUUGCAAAUUAAUUACACGUGCCCACAUUUUCGUGUGCGCCUAUUUUAUAUUAUCUGCGGAGUUUCUCGCGUGUCGGGAGACACGUUACAACGCCGCGAGGCGAGAGGUCAACAAUUCCACCACCGCCAGGCCGUCUACAUCGUCUUUUCUGCGACAUCGUGGGAUCCCGAUAUCAAGUGUGACCAGCGGUAUCGUUGUUAUUAUUUAUAUUGUUUAUUGCUACAUUUAUAUUAAUUUGUAUAUUGUACACCUGUUGUGCUCUUUGAUAUAUUUACUAUAAUCAUUUGAUA